AUGCCGCACCAGCAAGAGCCCAUCACAAUGUCGUCGAAAACCGAGGAGAAGAACCCCCCGAGCCCCCAGACGACCAACGUCGACUUCGAAGCCGGCGAUGUCGAGGCUCCGCGCAGCAGCGGCCCCAAGGCCUGGCUGAGCAAGAUCUCCGCCUACGGCGUCGAGCUUCGCGGCGUCACGCCCGUGCCGUUGGAGGAGCGGACGGACCGACGCCUCAUCAACAUCUUCUUCGUGUGGUUCACCAUGAGCACGAACCUGCUGCCCAUCGUCACCGGCAUGACCGGGACGCUCAGUUUAGGGCUCAGCCUGCGCGACUGCUCGCUGCUGAUCCUGUUCUUCAGUCUCGUGUGUACGCUCCCCCCCGCCUACUUCAGCACCUUUGGCUCGCGGACGGGACUGCGGCAGAUGCUGCAUUCGCGAUAUACUUUUGGCUACUACGCGAUCUCCAUAAUCGUCGCCCUGAAUCUCUGCACCAUCGCCGGCUUCGGCGUCAUCGACUGCGUGCUAGGCGGCUCAACACUAUCAGCCGUGUCCAGCGGCAAAAUCGACAGCACGGCCGGCAUCGUCAUCGUCGCGCUCAUCGCCAUGGUGGUUUCCUUCGGCGGAAUCAAAGUCCUGCACCAGUACGAGCGCUACUCGUGGAUCUUCGCCCUCGUCGCCAUCGUCAUCGCGACCGGCACGGGCGGCAAGAACCUGUGGAACCAAGCUGAGGCCCCGGCCGCGACGCCUGGGCUUAUUGUCAGUUUCGGUGGUGUUAUUGCUGGGUUUCUAAUUCCUUGGGCCGCUAUGGCUGCUGACUUUUCGGUCUACUGCCACCCGUCUGCCUCGACCACACGCAUAUUCCUGUACACCUAUGCCGGCCUCUUUUUCCCGAGUGUGCCACUGAUGGUCUUGGGAGCUGCCAUCGGUGGUGCCACCCCAAAUAUUCCAGCCUGGGCUGAAGGAUACGACAACUUCAGCGUGGGCGGUGUGCUCCAGGCCAUGCUCCUCCCCGCCGGCGGCUUCGGCCGCUUCGUAGCCGUCCUCCUCUCGCUCUCCGUAAUCGGCAACCUAGCCGCAGCCAUGUACUCGAUCUCGCUGAACCUGCAACUAAUAAUCCCAUACUUCAUCCGCGUGCCGCGCUUCGCCUUCGCCAUCCUGUACACGGUGAUCGCGAUCCCCGUCUCCGUCAGCGCGGCGAAGUCCUUCUUCGACAGCCUCGAGAAUUUUAUUUAUCUGAUCGCCUACUGGUCCGCAGCCUACGUCGGCGUCGUCGGCGCCGAGCACUUCGUCUUCCGCCGGGCUAAUUUUGACAAUUAUGAUUUAAAGGACUGGAGGACGGCCAAGAGGCUGCCGACGGGCGUGGCGGCUAUUGGCGCCAUGGCGCUGUCGUUUGGCUUGGUUGUGCCGUGCAUGUCGCAGGUCUGGUUCACGGGCCCGCUGGCGGAGACGACGGGCGAUAUUGGGUUCGAGGUUGCGCUGGUGCUGGCGCCGCUGCUUUAUCUGCCGUUGCGCUGGGCGGAGCUGCGGUUUCGGGGAUUCUAG